GCUCAGUGUGUGAGGGACCAGGACUUCCUGGUGUAGACCAGCGCCCGAUUUUCUUUCUCUCUCUCCCCCAGCUACCAGUUGCGCCUCGGCUUGAGCGGACGCUCGCCUUUUUAUUUUGCCGGAAUGUAGACUGGCCGCCAGUUCAGUGAGGAAAUUCCAACCACGUCUUGUUGCUCAAUUUCCAGAAGAACAUCAUGAAGAUCACUUUGAAAUUCAAGUGGGUUUGGCUGGGGAAGACCUGUCUUCUGAUCAGUUUUUUAUGGAUUGCUUAUGUCAUCAUAGAACUGUCAAUCUCCACUGUUCAAAACUCUGCUGGGCAGAGCAGUCGUGAGGAGAGAAAGUACAGAACCUAUUCUAAUGUUGAAGAAGCUGAAGAUUUGUCACGCCCAGUAUAUGCAAAACCUGAUAUUGAUCUGAGCAGUCCAGGGGAGCUGGGUAAGGCUGUAAAUUUGCUGCUGAAUGCCGAUGAAAAAAAGAAAGAAGAGGAAAGUGUUGAAAGAUAUGCUAUCAAUGUUUAUAUAAGUGAUAAAAUAUCACUGCAUCGCCACAUCAAGGAUGAUCGAAUGGCUGAAUGCAGGGCAAGGACGUUCAAUUAUAGGAAACUUCCUACCACUUCUGUCAUUAUUGCAUUUUAUAAUGAGGCCUGGUCUACACUUCUCCGCACAAUUCACAGUGUUUUGGAAACAUCUCCUGCUGUUCUCCUUAAAGAACUCAUUCUCGUUGAUGACUAUAGUGAUCGAAGUAAGGAAGUUAAUUAUGUUUAA